ACUUGUAGACAUACAACUCCAGAUACCCAACUCAGCAAGCAGAACUGUGAAGAGGAAAAGCCACUGAAACAAGUCAGAGAUGAGUCGAAACCAGAGGAGGGAUUCUCAGGAAGAAACAGGGAAACAUCCCAAGUACAUUUUCAGUGGUGGAAGAGACCCUCCAGAGUUGCUGCAGUGUGUGUUCUACUGGCUGUCAUCAUAGGCCUGUGGGAUUCCUAUAUAGAAAGAGACCGGUUACAGAAUAGUCUAAAUACCAGGACCACUGAGAGAGACCAGCUACAGAAUAGUCUAAAUACCAGGACCACUGAGAGAGACACGUUGAUGAAGAGUCUGAACACUACAACUAUGGAACGUGACCAGCUACAGAAGGAGACAGAUAGACUGAACUGGAAGAUCAACGGGUCCUGUCCUGAAGGAUGGAGAAGGUUUGGCUGCAGCUGUUACUACAUCUCUACUGAGGGGAAAUCCUGGGAGGAGAGUAGACAGGACUGUCUGGAGAGAGGAGCAGAUCUGGUGAUCAUUAACAGUGAAGAGGAACAGACAUUCAUCAAAGGGUUAGAAUCACUCAUUUUUGCCUGGAUUGGUCUGGCUGACUCUGUUACUGAGGGGACCUGGAAAUGGGUGGACGGAACCCCACUGACCAUCCAAAAGUAUUGGUGGAGUGGAGAGCCUGGUGGUGGUACAGACCAGAACUGUGGGGAAAUCUAUUACAUAUCCCCAGGCCAUGGAGUAUGGAGGGAUUAUGAUUGUUCCUUUUCACAAAAAUGGAUCUGUGAGAAAUAGGCUUCUCAUAAGUACUUUCUCUGCACUGCUGAUUAAUUAACUCUCUACUGUAUGUUAAUGAUUGUCUGAAGACUGGUGGGAUUUGAUAGAAUUGUACUCUGAACUACAGGUAGGAGAGAAACGCAUACAAACACACACACACACAAAAAGACAGUUAUGUGAAGUAGAGUCUCACGCAGGAGAAACCAACGUCUUAAUUAGACAAAUAGGAAAUUCAAUUUUGGGCUGAGAGGAAAGCUCAUACUGAUUUUGAGUCGCAUGCGGGGCUACCUCAUCACGUGACCAUGAGUAACCAAUCAUGACCGACUCAUUUUUUUUUUGCCUUUACCUCCCUUAUCUCACAUCAUUUGCUCACAUUGUAUAUAGUCUUUUUUUGUUGUUGUACUGCAUCAUUGAUUGUAUGUUGUUUUACUCCAUGUGUAACUCUGUGUUUUUGUAUGUUGUUGAACUGCUUUGCUUUAUCUUGGCCAGGUCGCAAUUGUAAAUGAGAACUUGUUCUCAACUUGCCUACCUGGUUAAAUAAAGGUGAAAUAAAAAUAAAUAAAUAAAAAUGUCCGCUCCACAAGCUGACACACAAUAAUUUAUUCAUAUGUCAAACAAUGAGGUGUAGAAUAGGGGUAUAAUAUCAUUCAAUAGCCACUGUCAAUCAAUUACUGUUAAGUUUUACACAUCUAAAUACAUUUAAAAUGACUGUAUAUGUUUAUCAGGUAUACAGUAUGUUUGCUUCUUGUGCUUUUAUUAUUCUGAACAUAAACAAUGUGUACUUCCUGCUUAUUCAAUAAAUCAUUCAACUGAGA